UAUCUAAGGCAGUGGUAAAAAUGGCGAAAUUGGUGAUCAAUGUGAAUGUUUAAACUGUGUCAAUUGUGUAAUUUAAACGGACAAUUAACUAAGGAAAGAAUACAAUGACCGAGCGACCAGGACAAACUGGCGUGUUAAUUAAGAAAGUUAGCAUGUUUGGUGAAAUAAGUUUGAAGAUUGGACCUUUACGUUGUAGAAAAAAGUUAAAGUGAUUCCCGCUUACUAAUGCGUUCUACCCUGAAGAGGUUAAGGAAAGCCCUAAGUAAAACGCUUAGGGUGUCUACGCUGCCAGUGACUGUGGUGAUGCCCCCGGACACCAAGAAGCCGUGUAACGGUGUACCACCGCCCCCUCCUAGAGUGCCGCCAACGCCGCACACCCCUGCCCCCGCCAUGGUCAACGGCUCACAGCCACAGCAGCCGCAGCCCCAGCAGGUAGCACCGUCUACCCCCGCCAAGAGAACUGCCAAAGAUUUCAUCUUCGGCAAGACAAUUGGCGAAGGCAGUUUUUCAACUGUCUACCUAGCCAAAGACAUUCACACGAGUAGAGACUACGCCAUCAAGGUGUGUGAGAAGAUGCACUUGAUUCGUGAAAAGAAGACGGAACAUGUCAAGCGAGAGAAGAAGGUUCUUAACAUCCUGAGUGAAAGUGGUACACCGUUCUUUGUCAAACUGUACUGUACGUUCCAAGACGCAGAGAGGUUGUACUUUGUGUUGUCGUACGCCAAGAACGGAGAACUGCUGGCACACAUUAACCGGGCCAAGCAGAUGAGCGUAGAGUGCGCUAGGUUCUACGCCGCUGAGAUAGUGUCUGCUCUGGAGCAACUACGUGUCAACAACGUCAUCCACAGAGACCUCAAACCUGAGAACAUCCUGCUAGACGAGAACAUGCACGUUCUCAUCACCGACUUUGGGUCCGCCAAGAUAGUGCACAGCCCCACCUCUGAGACUGAGUCAGAUGACGAGCAAAGUAUGAGGGAGCGCAAGAACAGCUUUGUAGGGACAGCUCAGUACAUCUCCCCCGAACUGCUGAGAGACAAGAGUGCUUCUUUCAGUUCAGAUCUGUGGGCCCUGGGUUGUGUCCUCUACCAGAUGCUCGCCGGAACUCCACCCUUCCAGUCCAGGAGUGAGUACAUCAUCUUCCAGAAGAUCCAGAAACUGGACUAUGAGUUUCCAGAGAACUUUGACCCUGUCGCUAGAGAUCUCAUCCAAAAGCUGUUAGUGCUGGAUCCCACCAACAGGCUUGGAGCUUCGGACCCUGAAGGAUACCCGAGCCUCAAGAACCACCCGUUCUUUUCCGGUGUGUUGUGGGAUGAGCUGAGUUCGACUGUGCCACCUGCGUUGCCACCCCCAACAUCCCACGACCACUGGGUGCCUGACCAUCUGGAGCCUGGCCUGGACCGUGGACAGUUGUCAAGACUGCUUGGUCUGGACACUACGCCUGCGCCUGUACCUGCAGCUGUGCCGACCCGCAAGAAGAGCUACGUCCAGGGCCUGACUGAGGACGAGAUCAGACGACGGCUGGAGCAGCAGCAACAGGAGAACAAGUGGCACACCCUGGUGGAGGGCAACCUCAUCCUCAAACAGGGGCUCAUCGAGAAGAGAAAACUUAACUCGGGCCUGUUUGCACGCAGACGUAUGCUGUUCCUCACACUGGGACCCCACUUGUACUACGCAGACCCCUACACAGGACAACUGAAGGGAGAGAUCAGGUGGACGCCUGAGCUGAAGCUGGAGCCCAGGACAUUCAAGAACUUCUACCUCCACUGUCAGGACACUCGGGGUGAGCGGACCUACAGCAUGGAGGACCCCAACUCUGACGCUCUUGAGUGGAUCAAGGCCAUCGACGAGAUGCACCAAGCGGUGUUCGGACAGAAGGCCGUCUCCUCAUAACCCCUAGGCCACUUAGGCUCUCAACUCUGUGAUAUUUAGUUAAUGCGCGUCACACACGUACACUAGAGACUCAAGUGCGGACGCUUGUCAAUGCAAUUAGAUUUACAAUAGUGCGCAGCCACUUUUAUUUAUUGCCACUGAUGAUAUUAGUGAUUUCUUUUGGACUAGAAUAAUUACUAUUGACUUUUUGAUGUUGUUUGUUAUAUUUAUUGUUAAUCGAGUAUUUAGUUGAGCCUCCUGGAGAGAUGUAUUUAAUCCUAAUUUAUGUAUAGAUGAAUUUGAUCGCGCUGAAGUAGUCGGUGAGAAACACGAGAAAACCUUGGAUGUGUAAAUAUUAUUUAUUGUUUUGUAUAAAUUGUCUCGAUAUUUAUUCGGUUUUCCUUGUUUUCACCGACUCCAGUCGUAAGUUUCCUAGCUGAGUUACUUAGUGUGUGUAUUUAUGAGAGUGAAUGAAUGUUUGAAUCGAUACAUCGGUAUACUACAUUUCUUGUUAUUCAAUCUUGUUAUUCCUAAGGAACUUUUCCAUUUAUAUUUUUACGUCUUACUUACUGGACUGAACAAAUUUGGAAAAAUUUAUGAUGAUGACAUAUCCCUGAUGUUUGUUUUGUGAGUUCAAAGAAGACUGUUUUGUUUGAGUCGGGCCAAAGACCUUUUACUAUGUGUUAGUUACUAUUUGAUUGUUCCAUUUUCUUCUAAUGCCAAACUGCGACAUCUUAUAGAUAAAAUAUAAUAUUACAAAUAUUGUUGCAUUAUACUGUUUGUUUUUGUCAUUUGUUCAUCGACAUUUUGCAUUAUAAAAUCUAGUUGAAUGAAGAUCAUACUCUAGUUUGAUAUUUCCGUUCACAAUCCAAAGAAACGAGCACAGUCUGUUCUGGUUCCUUACAUGUUGAAAGUAUAUGCAAUAAUGUGGCCUUAUAAGUGGUCUAUAUUUAUUUUUAAUGUCUUUUCCUAUUUAUGUUUACUUGUGUUUACAAAUUUUGCCUGAUGCUGUAUUUAUAUGUUCAAUAGCUCGUUUUUUACACGUUCUUGACUAGUCAGAAGCCUGACUAAUUCCUUACUGACUAAAGUAAAUUGUAUUUUGUAUCAAAUGUUUAUGUUAUGUGGUGCUUCUAAAAGAAUUAAUUUUGCAGAAGCUUAUAGUAAUUAUAAAUUAGUUAAAUUUGUUCAGUUACUACACUUUGUUAUACAAAUUGUAAGACGAGUAGACUCAGUCCAACUUAUUUGCAAUAAUUAUAAAAGUACAGCGAUGUACGUAGACACGAUUGUUUGUUGUUGGUACAAUGAGUACAACUAAAGAUGCCCAGUAUUAUCUUUGUAUGAGUUGUGUAUUAGGUUGCAGUUGAAUUAUUAAAAUAGAUUAUUCCACUA